UUAAAUGGACUUUAAAUUUAAUUAUUUAUACAGAACAAUAAUAUCUAAUUCUAUAUAUAUAUUUAUAUGUUUUUACUGAUUUAUAUUGUUACAUAUAUGUAUAUGUAUAGUAUAUAUAUGUAUAUGUAUGUGAAAAUUUUGUGUUGAUUUGUGUUUAGUUUAGAAAUGAGUACCCCCACUUAUUCUAGUUCCAAGAGAUUCAUGAUGGCUGAAAUGUCAGUUUGGUGAAGCUGUUGAUCGUGGGUGUACUUAGUGUUCACUUGUGUUGUACAUAGAGUGUAUACGCUAGCAGUACCAAACCAAGUAAAGCACAAGCAGCAUAUAGCAUAACAUAAGGCCAGUGGGAGCGGGAGUACGUGAAAAUUUCUGUGGUGUAUAUCUAGAUGCCGUCAUGGAUGAAACCACAACUAAUGAUUGUUACGAUACUGUAAUGACCAUCCAUUGUCGAAAGUGAUUCACUCAUUUUAUUUUUAUUUUUUUUAUCAAAAUGUUUUUUAAAACUAAUGACUUAAUGUUGACAUUUGAUCCUGGAGGUGGUGAAGGUGGGGGUAGGAGUUCUAAUGGACCAUUAAUUUGUGCUGGAUGUCUUAAUGCUAUUGAAGAAGAUGAAUUUAUUCAAGCACUUAAUCACGAAUGGCAUAUUGAUUGUUUUCAGUGUUCAGCUUGUGAUGCUUCUUUAUCAUCAUGGUACUUUGAAAAAGAUGGCCUACUAUUUUGUAAAGAUGAUUACUGGGCAGCUUAUGGAGAAGCAUGUCAAAGUUGUGGUCAAGUUAUUACCGGACCAGUUAUGUUGGCAGGAGAUCACAAAUUUCAUCCAGAAUGUUUUGCAUGUAAUUCAUGCGGUGCAUUUAUUGGUGAUGGUGAAAGCUAUGCUUUAGUUGAAAGAUCAAAACUUUAUUGUGGAAUUUGUUAUAAACGUCAAAUGCAGCCACUUAAUCGAACAGCAAAUUAUCCAUUUGUUAGGAAGCCUCACAGUAUCAGAUUAGUUGAAAUUCCUCCUAGUAAUAAAAAUCAAGAAAAACAGAGAGGAAUUAAACUUACUUUGGAUUCAACUCCGAGUCCACAUAGUUGUGGAUGUGGUCUGCUGAGAAUUUCCGAGUUAGUGAGAAAUGUACGUGGAAAGAUGAGUAAACUGAUGACCUCUAUGGUGGAGGUUCUAUUUAAUCUAUGCUGCAGAUUCUUUAAUAAUAGACUCAGCAUGUCUGGGGAUUUGAUGUCUUUACAUAUAGGAGACAGAAUACUGGAAAUAAAUGGAACUCCAGUAAAAGAUCAACGGGUUGAAAGUAUUGAGAAUCUCAUACGGUAUUCUGAUUCAGUGUUACAAUUAACGAUUGAACAUGAUCCUGACGCGUUGUCACGACGAAAUAAUUUUUCUACAACUCAAUCGGCAUUUCUUUCAACUGCGACUAGUCCUCGAACAAGUCCUGAAAGUAAAGAACGACUAUUUAAACGUCGAGACGAAGGUUAUAUUAGUGGUAAUCGCAGUCGUCAAUUACGAAGAUCUAAAGAUCCAUCGAAUAAAGAACGCAGCAGUUCAAUGUCAAGAUUACUUGAUUGUACACCUCCAUCAAGUUCUACCUGUGAUUUAAGUAGAACGAGAUCAUUUCGCGUGGAACCAAAAACUCAACGAAUUUUUCGGGCAAGUGAUUUAGUAAAGGGUGAGCUAUUGGGUAAAGGUUUUUUUGGGCAGGUAUAUAAAGUAACACAUCGUGAAACCAACGAAGUUAUGGUACUAAAAGAAUUGUAUAGAGUAGAUGAAGAAGCACAAAAAAAUUUUUUAAAAGAAGUUGCUGUUCUUCGAUCUUUACAUCAUAACAAUGUAUUGCGAUUUAUAGGAGUACUUUAUAAAGACAAAAAACUUCAUCUUGUUACUGAGUACAUUGCUGGUGGUACUUUAAGAGGAUUGCUUCACGAUACAAAUGUACCGUUGCCGUGGGAACAAAGAACGUCUUUUGCUAAAGAUAUAGCUGCUGGUAUGGCCUAUCUUCACUCAAUGAAUAUAAUACACCGGGACCUGAAUUCACAUAAUUGUCUUGUUCGAGAGGACAAAACAGUAGUUGUAGCUGAUUUUGGCUUAGCAAGAAUAAUACAAAAUGGUAAUUCAUCAGAUAAAAGACGAUAUAGUGGACUAUCAACAACUGAUGGUGAGACAAAGUGUCCACGUAAAGAAAGAAAAAAACGUUAUACUGUUGUUGGCAAUCCAUAUUGGAUGGCACCAGAAAUGAUGAAAGGAAAUAAAUACGAUGAAAAAGUUGAUAUUUUUAGCUUUGGUAUUGUCGUGUGUGAAAUAAUUGGACGUGUUCAAGCAGAUCCAGAUUAUCUUCCUCGUUCGUCUGACUUUGGAUUAAAUCAAAAAGUAUUUAGAGAAAAAUUUUGUGCUAAUUGUCCAGAAACAUUUUACAUGAUUGCUUUUUUAUGUUGUGAUUUAAAUCCAGAUAAAAGACCACCCUUUGAAGUCAUGGAAGUUUGGUUAGAAGGCUUAGCGAUGCAUUUAUCUGUUGGUGCUCCUCUUUCAUCUGAUUUAGAAUCUGAUAUUCGAUAUUAUACUGGUCCUAGUCCAAGUAGCAGUGAAUCUACAACUCCAGAAACAUUAGCGCCACAAUUAAGACCUAUCAAAGAAGGAGCUAUUCAUCAGGAGAAAAAGAGAUACUGUUGUGAAGACAGUACAUUAGAAAGAGAAACAGAUACUGCUAAAACUGAUGAGUUUAAAGUACCAGAACAACCGAAAGAUCGAUAUUCACGGCAAAGUAGUCAAAAUAGUCAGACUGAUAUUUCGAAAAAUUUUGGUAAAUUUUCAAAUCAAAAUUCACGAUCUAAAAUUACUACUUCUCCUACUAUUACUCCUACUGAUUCUAAAGAUAGUGAAACACCAAGUAUUAUUAUUUCACCUGAUUUAAGUGGUUUUAGUGGACGUUUUUUGAGAAACCAAACAAAUUUAAAGGAUUCUAAUCAAAUUUCAUCAUCAAUUACUAAAACAACUGAUGAAAUUAAUGACGAUGAACGUGAAUCUAAAACAUUUAAAAAUGGAUCAUCACGAGUAAUUCAAAUUACAAAGUCUCCAGUUAAAGUUAAAUUACCAUUGAUGGAAAAAAUUCGUUAUGUUGGAAAUAUAAAUACUCAAAGUAAUUUUGAAUUACCAACAGAACUUAAUAACGUUGACAAUAAAUAUUCAUAUAAAGUAAAUUCAGUAGUUAAUCCAAAAAAUGCUGAAAAAAAAUCAGAAUCUCAUGAUAAUUGUACAAUUAAAAAUGACGAACACAAUUCAAUUGAUAAAUCAUGGAAAUCACCAGAGGCAGGUGGUUUUGUUGGUACUUAUUUUAAACAAAUUAGUAAAUUAAAAAAUUCAAUUGAAAAAAGCAAUAAAUCACUUGGUUGGCAAAAUAAUAAUGUUGAUGCGACAACGAGCAAUGAUGUCAAAAAAAAAAUUAAAGAAUCAACAAAAACAUCCGCAGGAUCUUAUCUCAGGCGGAUGAAAAUUUCACCGACAAAAGAACAAACUAAUAAAAAUGCGUUUACUAGACAAGAUGAAUCUACGAGUAAUAAAGGAUCAUUGGAACAGGAUGUUCUGUUAAAAGAUAGUGAUAGUAAUAAAGAUAAAAAUAAUUUAAUUUAUAAAGAUUCGUUGAAUGAACUAAAUAAUUUUCAUACACAAGAUAAUAAUUGUUUGUUACAAAGACAAGACAGCGUUGCUUCGAGUGUCGGUAGUAUUUUAUCUCGACAUACGAGUCUUGCAGUUUCCGAUACACUUCCAUUAAGAAAUUAUACGGAGAAAAUUUCAUCAUGUGAAAGUCCAUUUACAGAUUCACUUUAUCGACACGAUAGUUUUUGUUCGAAUGACAUAACUUUGAAGCCUGAUGAGUACUCGAGCUUAAAUGAUUUUGAUUUAAAUAAUAUUGACAGUCAUAUUGAAUCUAAUGACGAAAAAUAUUUAAAAAAUCAUUUAUUAAAUACUGAUGAUAUUGAAUUUGAUUAUACAAGUCAUUUAAAUAUAUCAUCACAUCCACAUGUUAAUUAUACAGAAUGUUACAAAAAUAAAGAAGUUGAUUUAUGUAGACAGGAUAGUUUUUGCACAGAUAGUGCUGUUGGAACAAUGCGAAGUGAUUUUUUUGAUGAUAUUGACGUUGCUGAGUUACGUAAAGAUGCUGAAGAACAUGAAAAUUGUUGUACAUCGGAUAAAUAUUGCCCAUCAAAUCGUAAUGCUUCACCGAUUGAAAGCACGGCAUUGUAGACAUUUUUUAAUAACAUAUAUAUAGUAUACUGUGCCAAAUAAAAUCGAUAUUUUUUUUUUCGGUCUGAUACCAAGUUGGCCCUCCAACUCAAUUACAAAAUGCGCACUCGCUUAAAUAAGAUUUCCCAUUUGAAUAGCAUGGGAAAAUUUUUUUUUUACCUUUGAAAUUUUAGAACUCAUUAAUGGAUCAAUAAAGUGAAAAAUCUAUAACUAGGGACAAGAUCUUUGACUUAAUUUCUAAAUGAAUGGUUCACAUGUUUAAUAUUACGACGAAAAUAUUGGUCUUAUAAAAAAAGUUUUCAAACAAAAGUUGCAGGAAAUGUAUUUUUAUAAAAAAAAUAUCUCUUAUGAUUUUUUAAACGACCAAUAUUUUCGCCGUAGUUCUAAAAUUGAGAUUGAUAAUGAAUUCUUCAAAUUUUUCUUAAUUAUGAAAAUCUUAAUUUUGAAAUAACGGUGAAAAUAUUGGUUGUAUAAAAAAUCAUAAGAGACAUUUUUUUUAGCAAAUUAAAUUUCCUACAACUUUUGUUUGAAACUUUUUUUUAUACGGCCGAUAUUCUCACCGUAAUUACAAAAGUAAGAUUCAUAAUGAAGGAUUCACAUUUUUGUUAAUUAUAAAAAUCUUAGUUUUGAAAUUACGGUUUUCGUAUUAGUCCUAAGAAAAAAUUAUAAGAUACAUUUUUUUUAUAAAAUUAAAUUUUGAACAACUUUUAUUUGAAAAAUUACUUUAUACGGCCAAUAUUUCAACCUUAAUUCCAAAAUUUGAUACUUUCAAUUAUUAAUUGUUAUUUUUAAAUAAAAGCAAAAAAUCCUGGUCCUAUCCGUAACAUAUUUUUGUAGCGAAUCGAAUACUCUACAGAAAAGGUCUCAUUUAAUUUUUUGAUUAAUUUAACCGUUCAAAAGUUACUUUCUUACAAAAAUUUCAGUUUUUUUCCAAAUAAUUAAUUUGUAAAACGUGUAAUUUAUGAAAUUAAAUAACAUAUUUUAAUUGUAAAAAAAAAAAAUGAUCUACAAGAAAGAUCUUAUGACAUUUGCGAUAAGACUGAUAGUUAUGCUAGAAAAGUAAAAUAAAACGAGAAAUUUACCAUAAAUUUAAAUUUAAGCUUCAAUAACUUAUGAACCGUUAGAUCUAUCAAAAAAUUAUAAGGCACUUUUUUUGUAGAGUGUUCAAAUUUCUACAAGAAUAUAUAUCAGUUUUGUCAAUCUAUUAAUCAGUUAACGAGUUAUAAAAUUCCAAAGUUCAAAAAAAAAAUUUUACCAUGUUAUUUAAAUAGGAAAUCUUAAUUAGGCGAGGUUAUUUGGUGGCUAAAUUCUCUUUGUUACAUACGAUAAAAUUUUCGUAGACCGAAAAAAAAAUAUCGAUCUUAUUUGGCACAGUCUAAUAUAAAUAAAUAUAUAUACGAUAAGUUUUAGUAAUAUUAUGUAAUAUUUCUAAUGUAACAUAUGCUCUGAGCAAUACAACAACACGGGCCUUUUGAAGAUUUAAAAAAAAAUAAGUUACAAUAAUAAUAAUGAUAAUAAUAGAUGUGUAUUUUACUUAAUAUAAAUAACGAUCAAUAAUAUUGUCAAUAUAUUCGACGCGAUGAAUAUUAAAUUUUUUUAUAAUUAUUACACGGUAUGAAAAAAAAUCUCUAAGAUUUAAAAACUAAUGGGAGGAUUUCACAAUUUUUUUUUAUUAACAAAAAUUUAUUAUUACAGUCUUGAUAUAAAGCAUUAAAUGCAUAGAGAUUUAAUAAAAAAAAUAUAAAAUUUUUGCUAUAAGCAUUCCAUUAUAAUGUUCUUAAAUAAAUAUAAAAUAUUUAAAAGACUAAUAGCGCUUGCCAGAAAAAAAAUUGAUAGCCAAAUGUAUUUAUUGUUGCAUUCCUUGCCAACUAAUACUGCAUAUUGUAUUCUGAAAAUAAUAUUCUUGCCUGAUAUAAAUUUAAAAUAAAAUAAAUUAUAAAAAAUAAUGAAUAUAAAAAAUUGUUAAAAUACUGAAUCUUCAAACGAAAGCAUUCCAUCCAAAUUGAUUGUCGAUUGAAUCAAUCAAACUGUAUACCAACAAGAAUUUUCAAUAAAAGUUUUAAAUAUUUAUAUAAAUAUAUAUAUUUUAACUCGUAGAGUUUAUGUAGAUAAUUAUAGUCUGUAGGCUAAUAAUUUGAUUGAAAUUAUAUAUUGUUGAGUAAACAGAUAAAUUUUUAUAAUAACGCAGUGUAUAGAUUAUAAAUUUUUUUUUUCUUUUUUUAUAAUUUUCCUGUAAAUUGCAAUGUAUGUCAGAUAAAUCUAUCUCCGGUUGUUUUAAAAAGAAGAAAAAAAUAAUCGAUUAAUGCACAAUAAGUCAUAUUGUAUUAUAUGAAGUAUUGGAAUGAAAAGAAAGAAAAAAAAGAAAUAAGUGUAAUGAAAUAAUUAUUACAAUUGAUUAAUUUGUGUUAGGAAUUAAGUAAUAAGUUACAUAUAUUGUAUUAUUAUUAUUAUAAAUUUUUGUUUAGGAGCUGACAAUAUGAAAAUGCGAAUAUUUGUAGCGUAUAACGGCUAUUUAGAUAUUUAGAAAUACUGUAACAAAACUAUGUGUAUAGAUAACAUUAGUUUGUAUAUAGUUUGUAUAUAAAUUUAAGACUCUUCUUUCAAAACACUAAUUUCAAUACAACCACGCUAACGUUCUCUACUUAUACAUACAAUUAUUUUAUUUUAUUUUAUUAUUUUUUUUUUUUUAACAAACUGUAGAAAAAUGUACUUUUUAUUUGCAUUCCAAAUAUGAGUGUGAAAAUUAUUUUUAUUAUUAAUUUAUAAUUUUUAUUAUUUUCUUUGUCAGUUUUGUCAUUUUUUAUUAUUUAAUACAAAUUUUUAUUUUAGACAAUUGAUUUAGAUAAAAAAUUUAUGUUCUAAAAAAAAAAAAUUUUAUAUAUUUUAUGAUCCUGAAGUUAGCUGGCGUUUAAUGAUUUUUUUUAAAACAAUAAAUUAUAAAAAAAAAUAUUUUAAAAAAUUGCACCUGUAGUUUUUAAGAUUUUCUAUGUGUGCAUUUUUUAGUUUUAUUUUUUUCUGUAACUGAAUUGAAGAAAAAAAAAUCCGGAAAUUUUUAAUUUUCGGUUAAGUUCAGGAUUAUUAUAUAUUUUUUAUCUUUUAAUGUAAAAAAAAAAUAUAAUAACUGUUUUUUUUUUUAAUUGGUACAAAUCUUAUUCGGAAAUAAUUCAAAUGUACUUACGAAUGAAUUUGUUGUUAAAAGAAAAUAUUGAGAAAAUGACUGUUAAUAACACAUUGAAGGUAACAUUGAUAUGGUAAUAAUGUGUUGUUAUGAUGUUAAACAAUAUCUAAUAUAUAUUUUUUGCAGUAUGUUAAAAUAAAUAUCUUUUUCAAGCUGAAAUAAUAAUUAAAUAAAUAGUAAUAAUAAUAAGUCAUCGAUGUACCUUCAAUGUUAUUUUUCCAGAAUCACAUAAUCGUUAAUUGUCUGUGAUAGAAAGUGUUUUGAAAUUGUCUGUAUUAUUAUUAUUAUUGUCAUAAUCCACAUGUAAUUAAUUAUAACAAUUUUAAGUAUUUAAUUAUACAAAUAAAUAUAAUAUGAAUACUCAUACGAUGAACAAAAAAAAAAUGUCAAAUAAUCUGUUAUCUCUUAUUA